AUGCCUUUUGGGAUUUUGGAAGACCAUAAGAUGGAGGUGGUGCCGGGAACGGCGUUGAUGAACGACCAAUCCGACCUGCCUCCCGAGCUCCAAGACGUCCCAGCCGACCACCUGAAGCACGGAACCGGAAAACACUCACACAUCCUGCUCGUCCCCCAGCCCUCCGACUCGCCCAACGACCCGCUAAACUGGCCGCUCUGGAAAAAAGAUACAAUCCUCCUCAUCGUCGCCUUCGCCGCCGGCGUCGUCGGCGCCUACGGGCCGAUGCUGGGGCCCGGUUUCGUGCCCAUCUCGCGGCAGCUGGGCGUGUCGGUCAACACGCUGUCGCAGUCGACGGCGUGGCUGAUCCUCACGCUGGGCCUGUGCGUCUUCCUCAUCAACCCGGUGGCCAAGGCGUACGGGAAGCGGCCGGUCUACGUGGCCGCCAUCGCGGUGCUGUUCGGCGUCAGCGUGUGGGGCGCCGUCGCGGAGAGGUACGGCUCGUUUUUGGGGAGUAGGGUUGUGGGUGGGAUUGGGAUGGCGCCGUACGAAGUCCUGGUCCAGGCUACCAUUUCGGACAUAUACUUUGUCCACGAGCGCGCGACGCGGCUGGCGGUGUGGAACUUGUUUCUGCUGUGCGGCAUCGCGGGCGCGUCCUUCAUAUCGGGAUACAUCAUCGAGGACCUGGGGUACAGGUGGACGUUCGGCGUCUGCGCCAUCCUCUUCGGCAUAAGCAUGAUCGGCAUCGUCUUCUUCGUGCCGGAGACGGCGUACGUCCGCGACGGCGGCGACGCCGGGUCGGGAAACUUGGCAAGCGAAAAGGGGGGGAGCGAUGGAGAAGAGUUGGGCGGAGGCGGCGGCGGCGGCGGCGGCGGCGACCAUGGGCUCAAGGAAGGACGCGCGGUGCAUAUCGAACAUGUGAUUCACGCGGGGGCGGACGAGGCGAAGCUGUCGUACUGGCAGACGAUGAGGCCGUGGACGGGGCGCAGGUACUCCAAGGCGCCCAUGUGGAAGAUCAUGGCGAGGCCGUUUGUUAUAUUCUUCUAUCCGGCGGUGCUAUGGGGCUUCCUCAUCUACGGGACCACUCUCACAUGGAUCGUCGUCUUCUCCGUCGUCAACGGCGUCAUCUUCGUGGAGCCGCCGUACAACUUCACGGUGGCGCAGACGGGGCUGACGGGGCUCUCGCCCUUCAUCCUCACCAUCAUCGCCGAGGUCAUCUCGGGCCCGCUCAACGACCGCGUCUGCAUCGCGCUCACGAAGCGCAACCACGGCGUGUACGAGCCCGAGUUCCGGCUCGUGCUGAUGGUGGUGACGGUGGUGCUCGGGACGGUGGGCUUCUUCGGGUUCGGGCUCACGGUGCACAACGUCACGCACUGGAUGGGCCCGGUGGUGACUUACGGGCUCGCCAACGCGGCGCUGGCGUUCGCGGCCGUGUCGGUGUUUGGCUACGUGAUUGACUCGUACCCGCAGCUCGCCGAGGAGGCGUUUGUGGCCAUCAACGCGCGCAACCUCUUGACGUUUGGGCUGACGUACUUUGUCAACGACUGGCUGGCCGAGGAUGGGCCGCUGGCGGUGUUCAACACGCUGGGGGCGGCCUUCUUGGGCGUGUGCGCACUGACGGUGCCGCUGUGGGUCUUUGGCAAGAAGAUCAGGAGCUUCAUUGCGAGGCAGGACUGGCUGGUGAGGUUUAUGUCGGAUCUGGAGUGA